GGCGCCGGCGGGGUGACGGGGCGCUCCGGGUGCUGAGCGCUUCUGCUCUGGGCACGCAUGGCGCCCGCACACGGAGUCUGACCUGAUGUGGACGCGAGGGGAUUAAUAUGAACGCCCCUAUCGGUGGAAUCUGGCUCUGGCUCCCUCUGCUCUUGACCUGGCUCAGGCCUGAGGUCAGCUCUUCAUGGUGGUACAUGAAAGCUACAGGCGGCUCCUCCAGGGUGAUGUGUGACAAUGUGCCAGGCCUAGUGAGCCGCCAGCGGCAGCUGUGCCACCGACACCCAGAUGUAAUGCGCGCCAUUGGCCUGGGCGUGGCAGAGUGGACAACUGAGUGCCAGCACCAAUUCCGCCAGCACCGCUGGAACUGCAACACCUUAGACAGGGACCACAGCCUCUUUGGCAGGGUCCUGCUCCGAAGUAGUCGGGAAUCUGCCUUUGUUUAUGCCAUCUCCUCAGCUGGAGUUGUAUUUGCCAUCACCAGGGCCUGUAGCCAAGGAGAAUUAAAAUCCUGUUCCUGUGAUCCAAAGAAGAAGGGAAGCGCCAAGGACAGCAAGGGCACCUUCGACUGGGGUGGCUGCAGUGAUAACAUUGACUAUGGGAUCAAAUUUGCUCGAGCAUUUGUGGAUGCCAAGGAAAGGAAAGGCAAGGAUGCCAGAGCCUUGAUGAAUCUGCACAACAACAGAGCCGGCAGGAAGGCUGUGAAGCGGUUCUUGAAACAAGAAUGCAAGUGUCAUGGCGUGAGUGGCUCGUGUACAUUGAGGACAUGCUGGCUGGCCAUGGCUGACUUCAGAAAAACUGGCGAUUAUCUGUGGAGGAAGUACAACGGGGCUAUCCAGGUCGUCAUGAACCAGGAUGGCACUGGUUUCACUGUGGCUAACAAGAGGUUUAAGAAGCCAACGAAAAAUGACCUUGUGUAUUUUGAGAAUUCUCCAGACUACUGUAUCAGGGACCGAGAUGCAGGCUCCCUAGGUACAGCAGGCCGUGUGUGCAACCUGACCUCCCGAGGCAUGGACAGCUGCGAAGUCAUGUGCUGUGGAAGAGGCUAUGACACCUCCCACGUCACGCGGAUGACCAAGUGUGAGUGUAAGUUCCAUUGGUGCUGUGCCGUGCGCUGUCAGGACUGCCUGGAGGCCCUGGAUGUGCACACAUGCAAGGCCCCUAAGAGUGCGGACUGGGUGGCUCCCACAUGACCCCAGGGGAGGUCACCACCCACCUUUCCUCUAAGGACUCCAUUGAAUCUGCAAGGACACUGGGCCUUUGGAUUAUCUCGGGAGGCAUGUGGCCUUUGUCUCAACAGAAGCAUCUCCUCCCUCACUGGGGUCCCACCCAGGACUGGGACCACAUGCUGCAUGUAGAGCAUAGGGCACCUCUCUUCCUGGUCAUGACAGGGUGUUAGAGGGCAAGGGGUGUGGGCCCAGAUCACUGUCUCCACCCACCUAGAAGGUUCCUCUUUCCUGAGCAGUUGGCCCCAGGGAGAAAGAAUAUCUCAAAGGAGCUUUCUCUGUGUUUUCCAUAAAUGCUCAAGUUAAAUUCCCUACUUCUCUCUGGAGGAAAAUGUAAAGAAAGCAGGACCAACUGCCAUUGAAUUAACUUCAAUUUUUAAAAAGACCAAGCAAGGCUUUUGCUUGAUCAAAUGAUUUUCACAGCCUCCAGGGGUAAUUGGUAAUUACCUGGAGAAGGCUGGCUUUCAAUAAACUUUAGGUUUAAAAUGCAUUUGGUACAUUAAUAGCAAAAGCCUCAGAAAGUGAUUGCUUUGCAUUACUGCCCUCUCGAUAUAAAGAACUUUUAGGGAAUGAGACUUUUUUCUCACUUUGGUUCUGAAGAGAGUUAAAAAGAAAAUUGACACUGUUAGUGUUCUGUAACUAUUGGGUGAAGAUGGAGGAAAAUAACUUGGUGAACAGAGUAUCAGAAAAUGUGUUUGUACAGAUAAGGAAAAAGGGAGGGGAUACAAUUCCUAUCUGGUAUGAUGCAUGUGACCUAUGGAAUUUUGUAACCGAAAUGGCUUUGAGAAUGAAAACUUUCGGGAUGAUAGGAGCAGGGAACCCAAGUGCUGACAGAGAGGUUUCCAGAGCUAAGUCAUGAUCAGAUGCCUAAAAGAAGUUGCCCACAUGUACAGAGAAGUAUCAGCUGGUACCCAUCACCCUUCUCAUGCAUUUUAAAGACCUGCCAUAUGUAAUUGUGUUCAUUUGAUGCUUACAAUAUGACAAAAUACCAUAGCCUAAAGAAAAUGACAUGUAGCCUUGCUGAUAAAGUUGGUAACCCUAGUAUUUCAUAUUGUAAAGAAAUCUUAACUUGGAGACUAUAUUUAAGAGACCCAGCUAUAAUUAUGGGAACAUCAAUAUGCAAGUUGUGGUUGGCUUCUGCCAUGAGCUAAAAGAUGACAGCCAAGGGAAAUAGAGGGGCUGCCUGCCCCAUUUUGUAUAUUACAUGGAAAAAGGGGAAAUAUAUGAAGGUCUUUCUCAUCCCCUCCUACAAUUUGGUUCUUGUUCAAAAUGUGAUCUCUUUACAGAGCUAUGUUGAGUAACAGGAUGUUUCCUUACAUGCAUCUGAUGUCAAAGUAUUAAUACUUGCUAUUCUUUACUACUCUGCCCUUAGUUUCUCUAUCCUUGCUUCACAGCAGGACUUAUAGACUGAAGCUUGUGGAAAACAACCUGCUGGAGUACUUUGUCAUAAUGAUAUUUGCCCCCUAGCCCUCUUAAAAAUGACAGCAUUCAUCUCUUUUCCCUCACUUCCAAACCCCAAAAUUUAGUUGUCUAAUUUUUCCAAAGAGACUCUUGCCUCUUUUUAUCCUAUUGAUUCAAAAGGGGGAAGAGUAGAGUGUGAUAGUAGCUACUCUGAAUUUAGUGGGCUCUGUGGGGAGUGGGAAGGCCAGGCAAGUGGGCUCUGCUAUGAAGGCCUUCCUGGGAAGACAAGGAGACUUUCAUGGGAUCCCAAGGCCAUUAGCCUUUCUUCUGGCAUGAACUGUGAAAUCAAAACUCCAGGGAUACAUUUAGACAUGGAAAAGGUCUUAGAGGACAUCUCAGCUGCCCUCAGUUUAUAUCUAGGGAAACUGAGACCAAGAGAGGUGAAGGGAUCUGUGCCAAUAUCAGCCGUUACUCCAGAGCUUCAUCACAAACAGGGGCUCCAAGAAUAUUCAAGAAUAUUCAAGAAUGUUAAGCACUUUAUCUAUUGAAUGAAACUAGCUUGACUCAGGAUCAACUCAGUAGAUUCUAAAUAAUUUUGGCAUCCAAAGGCAAUGUUAACAUCUUAUUAUAAAUUGAAGUUUUUUUAGGCCCAAGAUGAUAUCCAUUAAUUUUCUGCAAUAUUUGAAAAAGUUCCACACAAUGGGAGAGCCUAAUUCAAUAAAGAGUUGUUUUCAAUAAAGAUUAAAAUCUGCACAUAACUCUGAGACUUAGUAAAUGUUUUGUUUUGUUUUUCUUUAAUAGUUUGCCUCCCUAAAUUAGUCUGUGGUGCAGACUAAUCUGUAUUCUGUGAACACACUUGUCCAGGUACAUUCUAGUUACAGUCUCCUGGACAGCCCCUCAUGCUCUGAAAGUUUUGAUGCCCUGACUUAAGAGACCAGUUUACCUCCUCAAAUGCCUUAUGCUCAAGCACAAAAACCCCCAAUGCCAUUACCACACUCAGCUCUAGCUCUGUGCACCUUGGGGAUGGGAGCCCUGGCAUGUUAUUGGACCACAAAGGAUUCAGGAUGGAAGUGGGAGAGGCAUAGGGUACCCCAGGACACUGACUGUCUUAUACAAGUGUCACCAGAUUGAAAUGAGCAUCCCAGAAGGACCUAUCAAAUAGCAAUGUAGUCUGCAUGGAGCCAGAUGAUGGGAAGGGGAGUGAGAAAGAGCUGGGUAACUAUUGGCAAGUAAUUGGCCAAGCUUGGUGAAGGCAGAGACUAGCUUUUUCAGUUCUUGUUGGUAACCUCCACCCUUCCUUCUGCUGUUGCUCCCCUGUCCCCUCUCAGCACCUUCUUUGAGGCUCAGGGCCUCACGCCCUUGCCCAGAUCCUCCAUACCUACUGUGUAGCUCUGCUAGAGCCUGCCAACAUUAAUUGUAAGAGAUAUUUCCAAUUGUCACAACCAUAUUCCUUUUUAUUGGAAUUAUAAUGUAGCUUGAAAUAUCAGGUAUAAUUUCUUUUUCAAAGUAGAUAGCUUUAAAGUGAAAAAAUCUACCUUCACAUUGACAUUUCUCAACCUUAUUGACUUAUUAAGGAAUCUUACAUGGACUCUAGGAGACCUAAGUAUGGACAUUCUAUUUCAGAAGCAGCCAACAUGACCAUGCAUGCGCUUCAGCUUGAUGGCAUUUUCAGGCCAGGAUUUUGUUAUUCUCAUUUAUUAAAGUUUGGCCUAGGGCUGGUGCUGUCUCGCUCAGCUGCAGAACAUUCAUCUCCCCUCUUGCCCACUCUCAAAAUAAGGCUCAGAGAAGCAUCCAAUGGACCAGAACCAUUCUUUUGUAUUUAUUUACUGUACUUCAACCUGGUUUUCCUUAAGAGCAAGAGUUGUACUCUUAACAAAUAGAUCUCACCAGUUCCAAAGCUGGUAAAUUGCUUUUGUCAGGUCUGUGCUGACCUUCUGAAAAGCAACGCACUGGUGUAAGCUGACAGCUAAGGUGUGCUUAUUCUGACCUCCUUAUCUAGGCAGAGAAAAUUUUCAGUCAUCCAUGAAAAUGUUCUUUACAUUUUUCUGGGGAUCAACGAAGUGACAGAUGGUUUGUAAAGCCAAACAUGAUCAUUAUUUUCCUAAAUCAUUGUUGUUCUAGCUCUAGGGCUU